CCCAGGCCCCCCGCUGUUUCCAUCCGGGCAGGGGGGAGCAGCAGUCCCUCCGCUUUUACCCUUGGGGGGAGGGGCAGACUGAGGAGCCUUGCUCCCCUGCCUUCCCCCCCCCCUUACCCGUCUGUGCCCGCUGGGUGAGGACGUGGCCCCAGCACGGCCCCGGGGGACGCUCGGCGGGAGGAUCGCGUAGCCUUGCCAAGGGGGCGACCCAGAGCCAUGUUCUCCCAGACACAGAAGGCCUUGGGGCCUGGCAGUGCCAGCGACAGCAGCUGCCCUGUCGUUCCCUGCAGAGCCUGACACCAGGGCAGCGCUGAGCUCCUGUGCUUCAGGGACUCUGAAGGGGAAGGGCAAGGGACCCUUUCACUCAGUGGAAAGUACCUCUGCCAGCUCCCAUUCACCUCAGCCUGGUUUCCGGUGGUGCCUGCUCUCUGGCCAGGUGCAGGAUGGAGACCUUGGAUGAGUUUGACGACGAGUACCCCCUCAGCGUGUCAUUCUGCAAGCUGAUUUCCCUAGAGGACUUCGAGGAGCAGUCCUUGUCCUACACUGAACAAUGCCUGCAAGAGCUGGUCACAAACAUGGAGCAGAGCCCAGGGAUCUGUGAGAGGGUCAUGAGAAAGCGGAAGCAGGUGGAGAAGGAAGAGGCUGGCCUGGUAUCAUUUCUAAAGGCCAAGUUUUUCGGCACACUUCAGGGGGAGAUGAACUACUGUAACUAUGUGGGGAUCGCAGAGAUGCAAGAGAAGGUGGCACGGUUGAAACGAGACAUACAAAAAGCAAACAGCUAUGCUCGGGCUGCAAAGUCUGGAAAAGUGCGACAUCCAAGGCACACAGCUGGGAAGCAUCAGGCUUUGGAGGGAGGCUUCUGUCGCUCCCACACCAGCGCUUUGCAGUCUGCUUCUGCUCCCAAGGUCACCAUGCCCAGAGUCUUUGGCCCUUUCCCACAACUUAUGAACAAGCAGAUGGACAGAGCAACAGCUUCAAACACUGACCUGAAGUAUCACUGGGCUGGUGUCUCGACAAUGAACCAGAAAAGCAUGAUUGAUCUACAUCCUAUAGUGUUGAACCCUGCAGGCUUCUACACCUCCCUCCAGACUGGCAAUCACAUCAAUAAGCUGAGGCACACCAGCUUCCUAAGGUCAAUCUAUUUGAGAAGGAAGGGGCGGGGACGAGAUCGAGGCCCCCGCGGUGAGUGACUGACCGUGUGGCCCAGCCAGGAGAUGGGGAAGGUGACAAUUGUAAGAGAAUUGUUGGGGUUUUGAUACGCACAAUAUACACUUUCCAAUGAAGGCAGAGCACAGGCAUAGUCUGAAUGGACAAGCAAAGAAAGAGAACCUCAUGGAAGAUGUUUCCAGGCUCAGUUCAGGAAACCCAUCGAACUGAAAUGUGUAAAGGCUUGCUGCCCUCUGCUGGGCCAUCAAGGAAUGCACCUUUGGUGUCACCUCUGACCUGUCUUGGGUUGAAAUAUCUCUUAAGAUAUGCUGGGUCAAUGGAACCUGCAGGUAUGUAGGUCCAGAAUCUGCUUUAUAGAGGGAAUUUGACACAUUAAAAAUCAGGGUCUUGAUUAGCUGUGCUCAGUCCCAUAGGCCACUGUCUGUAGUGCCAAUAAGAGUCACAGUGGCUCAAAGGACCUGGGUAAAUCAUUGUAAAAAGAAUCCUGAUGCAAAGGUUAAUCACUGUGCUGACCAGCUACUCUGGGUUUUUCCUGCUACUCCCCUAAGUGCUUUCUGCUGACAACCUUGUUAGAGUAACAGUCUGACUGAAACUCCAAGGGACCGUAAAACUAAAGAAAGUGAAGUCUAGCACACAGGGAGUCUGGUACCGAACAUUCUCAAACUGGCAAAAGUCAUGACCACCAUGCUGCAGGAUCUCGCAGUCAAAGCUGUAAUCUGUUUACUCACCAUGCAAUAAUUACCUAGUUUUGUUAGGUGUGGUUGCUUCCCUUGUGGGAAUUGUAUCAGUACAAGACAAUCAAAGGCAGCAAUUUCCUGUAGCAGGAAUUCAGUUUCAAGGAUGCCAAGUGAUCUGACCUUGUGGGCCCAAUGUUCAGUACUGCAAUUGGGAGCUUCUUCUCAUGGGCAGCAAGAGCAAACCUGUAACAGGGGUACACCUGCAGGGCCACCAGGAAGCAAAGUGAAGUGCACCAAGUAAGAACAAAAGAAAGGACCAAUUCACUCCUCGGCUGCUAUCCAGGGAGUGAGAGCGGGAUAGUUCUAUACAUCUUGUUCAUAUAAAUUGCUCUUUGUUCAAGUACCAGCUACACAGGAUGGAAGCAGCAGCUCCUCAGCUCCAAAUAGGGGCACGAUUUAAAUACGGUGGAAAAUGCACAAGUACAAACCUUCCCCCUUCAGUCUGUUAUUGCAUAAUUCUCUUGGCCAGUCACUGCUGAUUAUCACAGGUGCCUGGUCAAAUGCUUCCAGCUGCAUGGACUAUGUGCUCUGCUCUACUGGUUUUGUAAGUGAAGUCCCAGAACAAGCCUGAGACACUGCGGUCACUCUCAGAGGAUAUUGAUUCAGGGCUCCUGAAACCCUGAGGAUCAUAAAGAAAGCUUGGUUUUAUCCCAUCAUAUGAAUUUCUCUUAAGGUGUAUGUUAAUGUUUUAAACUACAGCUUUCUCAUGGAAAGUAACCACUUAAACUGUUCCUCAGUCAGAUACCUCCUGGUUAAGGACAGGCCCAGAGCCAGGAUCAAUAACAGCAGAGGCAAGAGCUGGUUAAGGGAGAGAAGAGAUGGAGAAGCAAAGAGGGGAUGUGGUCAACAGAACUGUUACAAAUGUCAGGUGAAGACUGUCUGCUCCCUCUUAUUCCUCCAUGUUCUUCAACAGGCUAAUGAGGAGUUAACUGGUAACAUGAGCUGUCCCUGUAAUGCACCCGCUCUUACAUCAGCUUGCAUCCAUCAAGUCUGUACCACAGAGAUCUUCCAAUACUAGAGACAAAAGCCCAAAUCCUCCAUGGUACUUAGGAGCUUGCCUCUCACUGUGUUCAUCCUGCCAUUUGUAUAGUAUUAGUGAAUAAGAGGAAUAAAAUCCACACCAGAAAAUCCAGAGGGAAACCUGGGGCGGAGGAGAGGGAGAGGGAUUUUGUAACAUUCAAGUGGCCCCAGGACUCCUGGUAUGGCCUCUAGAGCAAGGCCUAGGAAAAACCUUUCCGGUAGUUAAGCAAGAAAACAUGGGAUGGUCUUUGUAGGGCUAAUUUAUGAUGUAGGUCAAGCAGGUAAUAGGGGCACCUGGGCAGCAGUGGAGCCAGAUUAAGAUAGUACAGGAGGGCAGAGACAAGAGCAGGCUAGAGGUGUACAGUGCCAAACAGUUGCUUCAGGAAUAGAAGUGCAUUGUAGUGCCCCAGUGCAAGUCUUUGAGUUUGCCUAUAUCCCAUAUUUAAGGACAUCAGGAAAGCCAGUUAAUGGGGAGCCUGCUAGACCCCAGCAGAGCUGAUUAGCUUAUCACGUGUCUAGUGCAAUACUGACUGGACUCCAUACUAUUGGAGAGGCUUAACCCUAACACAGAGAAACUGCUUGCAGGGACCUUGCAGGGAAUGUUAUAAAUCCAGGCUGUAGGAAUAAAACAACAAAAUACAAGGAGGCUCUGGAGAGACAGUGGACCCAAAGAUAGGGAACCAGAGAUGAUGGAUCAGGAACCAUGUGGAGACAGUAGCACAGAACAAAUGGGAAUUUAGCAUAGGAGAGCUGUUCAACUGCUUGUAAAGAGGAUUCUGCCACCAGCACAGAAUCUGAUUCAGCCAGGCACUGGCACACAAAAUUCACUCUUUCAUGGCUCUUGGAAUGCCUGAAGAAUGUCACAUCUCGCUUCAGGAUCCCACCACAUUUGUUGCAGGCUGGGAUGUGGAAAUAAUGCACCUGUUCCUGUGUGAGGAAGACAUCCCCAUCAGGCCACGCCAUGUCCUUCAGCUCUCCAUGUCAUAUUCAUGACUUCAAAGCGCUCUUGAAGCUCAGAGUUGGGGGGUGAUCUCCACAAAUCAAGCAGAAAACUCUGAAGCACAAAAUGCUCAUCACUCCUGGGCUCCUGGGAUUCAGGGAGGUCAGAAAUUUUAAGACCAGGAUGGAUCAUUAUGCUCAUCCUAUCUGACAUCCUGCGUAUUACUGGUGAAAGGACUCACCCAGCUAAGUCUGUAUUGAGUCCAAAAGUCCCACUGUAGACCUCACAAGUCUGGCCAAAGAGCAGAGCUGAUUCAGUCUUCCGCCGGCCAGAAGGAUGAUAGAGAAUUGUGUUUAAAUAAUCUAUAAAUAUGCUCCUGAAAGUACCACCCGGUGUGAGCAGAAGGAUUCUGUGCUAUGGAGAUCAGUAAGAGGUCUGUUCUGUGCUCUUGCCCUCACUCCUAUCAUGAGGUAAUUCCUUAUUCCUGAUUCAGUUGAGAUUCCGGUUCCAGUUAUUACAAAGAGCCUCUGGGAAUGGGGAAUAAAGCACUGGCUACAGAAUAGGAUCUGCUGUGGUGGAACCUGAGAGUUGUGCAACCUCCUGAUGCCCUUCCAGCACAGAACAUGUUUUCCUGGGACACAAGAAAGUAGUUCAAGCUUAAUUACAGGGUUACAUUUUCAUAGGAUACCCUGAGGAGCCAAUGAUGUUGAUGACACUUUGGCCUUUUAUUUUGCCUUCCAGCCGAGAAUCUCAAAACAUUACAGGAAUGUUAAUUAUUUAAGCUGCACUCUGCAAAGACGGUCAUGCAACAAAUCAGUGGCAGAGUCAGGCAUAAGGGUCAGGACUCCUGACUUAGUCUCAUCUCACCAAGACGGCCUAACCUUUCCUCCUUACCUGGCAGCUAAUUCCCCUCUGGCAGUGGGCAAACUUGGAGAGUUAUGGAGCUCAUUCUUAACAUUUUGUGAUCAUUCUAUCAAGACAGCCAGACAAGAGAAGGGUGUGAACAGACU